GAACCCGGGGUCCGGCCGCCUGCGGAGCGCGGAGAGGCGGGGCCGGGGCCCUCCGGCUGCCCGCGCCCCCGCCCCUGGCACCGGGCUCCGGGAACUGGGCUGCCGGCGCGCGGGCACCAGACGGCCGAGCACCGAGCCGGUACCGUCAGCCUCGCCAUGAAGAGAGCCCGAGAGAACUCACCGCAGCCGGCGGAGACGGUGCCUGCGCCCGGGCUGGCUGCUGCCGCCGCGGCUCCUUAAAACUCCCAAAGUUGAGAGCCAGCGAGAGGCUGCCGCCCGCCGGGAGCCGGAGGGAAAGGAAUUCGGAGGAUGCGAGAGUGACAGACAGACGGGCAGACGGACGCACAGACCUUCCGAAGCCACCACCGUGCGCAGCCUAUCCCGAGUCCGCGAGGCUCCUCAGCUCUAGUCACUGGUGGGAGGUUGAGCUGGCCGCGAAGACGCCUGCAAGAGACUGAGAGGCGACCAGAAUGUCUUUGCGUUUACACACGCUGCCCACCCUGCCUCGAGCUGUCAGACCCCGCGGCAGGGGCCUGCUGUGUUUGCUGGCGAUCACGGUGACCGUGAGCCCGGGUGCCGCCGGGCUGUGCCCCGCCGCCUGCAUCUGUGCCACCGACAUCGUGAGCUGCACCAACAGAAACCUGUCCAAGGUGCCUGGGAACCUCUUCAGAUGGAUUAAGAGACUGGACCUGAGUUACAACAGAAUCGGGCUUCUGGAUUCUGAGUGGAUGCCGGUACCCUUUGGAAAGCUGAGCACCCUAAUUAUUCGCCAUAACAACAUCACCAACAUCUCCACGGGCAGUUUUUCCACAACUCCAAAUCUGAAGUGUCUUGACUUAUCCUCCAAUAAGCUGAAGGCCGUGAAAAGCGCAGUGUUCCAAGAGCUGAAGGUUCUGGAAGUGCUCCUGCUUUACAACAAUCACAUUUCCUAUCUCGACCCGUCAGCGUUUGGAGGGCUCUUCCAACUGCAGAAACUCUACUUAAGUGGAAACUUCCUCACGCAGUUCCCCAUGGAUCUGUACGCUGGAAGGUUCAGGCUGGCAGAACUGAUGUUUCUGGAUGUUUCUUACAACCGGAUCCCCUUCCUGCCAACCAACCGUAUAAGUUUAGUGCCAGAAAAGCAGCUGAGAGGCAUCCACCUUCAUGGAAACCCGUUCUUCUGCGACUGCUCCCUGUACUCGUUGCUGAUCUUUUGGUAUCGUAGGCACUUUAGCUCAGUGGUGGAUUUUAAGAAUGCUUACACCUGUCGCCUGUGGUCUGACUCGAGGCACUCCCACCAGGUACUUCUGCUCCAGGAUGGCCUUUUGAAUUGCUCCGACAGUAUCAUCAACGGCUCCUUCCGUGCGCUUGGCUUUAUCCAUGAGGCUCACGUCGGGGAAAGGCUGAUUGUUCACUGUGACAGCAAGACUGCUAGUGCAAAUACUGAUUUCAUAUGGGUGAGCCCAGACAACACGCUGCUAGAGCCGGGCAAAGAGAUGAAAAACUUCCACGUGUUUCACAAUGGAACCCUGGUUAUAGAAAGCCCUCGUUUUGAGGAUGCUGGAGUGUAUUCUUGUGUUGCAAUGAACAGGCAGCGCCUGUUGAAUGAAACUGUGGACGUCACAAUAAACGUGAGCAACCUCACCAUCAACAGAUCCCACGCCCACGAGGCGUUCAACACAGCUUUUACCACUCUUGCAGCCUGCGUGGCCAGUAUCGUUUUGGUACUUUUGUACCUCUACCUGACGCCGUGUCCCUGCAGGUGUAAAGCUAAGAGACAGAAAAGUGCGCUAAACCAAAGCAAUGCCCAUUCAUCUGUUCUCAGUCCUGGCCUGGCGGGUGAUGUCCCAGCGGAUGGACGGAAGGCAGGUGCCGGUAAAAGAGUGGUGUUUUUGGAACCCCUGAAGGAUACUGCGGCAGGGCAGAAUGGGAAGGUCAGGUUCUUUCCCAGUGAAACUGUUAUAGCUGAGGGCAUCUUAAAGUCCUCCAGGGUGAAAUCCGACUCAGAUUCGGUCAAUUCAGUGUUUUCAGACACACCCUUUGUGGCGUCCACUUAAUUUUGUGCCUGUAUUUUAUGAUGUAGUAAUUUAAUCGCUCCAUCUUUAACUUGGUGUGUGGUCUGCAAAAUAAACAGCAGGGUUGAAAUUAUUUUUGGCUUUUGAAAUACAACCAAAUGGUCUUUUGAAGUGGUUGAUAGGAAAUGUGGUAAAGCACUUUGGUUCCUCAAUGAGCCAGAGAAAGAUGGGGUUGUUUCCAAGGUUUAGUUCUAGAUAACGGUCCCUUAGUCUUAGCACCACUGAUCCUGUCGAAGCUGACCGGGAGGUGAUUUGACUGACAUGUCCUUUUAAUCAGGAUUCUUGAAAGAAAAACACACAAACAAACUGUAUUAGUAUACUUUAAAAAGAGACUUUACUAAUUUAGGACCAAAGUUGAAUAAUUUUAAAUAAAAGUGUUAGUGUCCUAUUUCAUUUGGAAGAACCAAACAGCCAUUAUUUAUAGAGCACAAAAAAUUAGAUUUGGGGAUAAUUCAGCUAAAUUCAUCAUUUCAGACUAAAGUAAAGAGACUUCACUGAUAAAGUUUACUGGGUACUAUCACAUCCCGUAUUAUGUUAGAUAAAUAGUGCAAUAAAGGUGCAUUUGUUUGUCUUCUUUCCAUUCUGUAAAUUUCCUAUCCUUGUACAAAAGAUCUUACUGAAAGUUUAAAGUCAUUACUUGUUGCCAUACGUAUGUAGGUGUCAAUACCAAAAUGUCUGGGUAACUUCUUAAACUUCUGUUCUAGUCAACUAAUACUUGUUUAUGUGCUUGUGUGUAUGUAAAUCUUAAAUUAUAUGAACCACUAUAUAGAUCCUACUGUACUGUGCGUUGGACAUUUGAAUUAAUGUAAGUAUAUGUAUUGUGUGACUUGAUGUUCUGUUUUAUUUAGCUAUUUAAAAACAUAAACCUAAGAUGUUUUAUGUG